AUGAACGAAAACGUAAGUUGCUUGGAGGAAUGGACUAAACACGACUGGUAUCUUACAAAUUCUUUAAAAACACCUAUGGGUCCAGUAUUUGAUCAACGAUGGGAAGAAUUUGAAGAGUAUAAAAAUCUUAAAGAUACCUAUGAUCAUGUAAAUAUCGAACUUACUACCGAAGUAAAGCUCUCUUUUUCGGUUCGUGUAGCUCACGAUGCGCAUAUAUUAAUUUGCAACGGUACAAAUUACAACAAAGAUUCUUGUUAUUGGAUCAUAAUAGGAGGUUGGUUUAAUACAGAGUCUAUCAUACGAAAAUGCGUAACGGGAGUGCCUUUACCCGGAAAUUUUCCAGCAAUAGGUUCGAAAUGCAGGGAACCAUUAGUUUCUUUUAAGCAUGAUCCACUGUCUGAAAGUGAAUGGCGAACGUUUGUUGUUACGUGGAACUCUAUGACGCAGAGAAUAAUUAUUUAUGAUACUGAUAAGAUUAUUAUGACAUAUACAGACGAAGAAGAAUCUUCGAGCGAUAAUUAUCAUAUGUUUAUCAGAAGUCCUUCAGCGAUGUUACUUCGAUUCCAUAUAUAUAAUUUUCUGCAUACGACAAUCAAGAAUGCAAUUUUAACAAGUCCUAUCUUUCAAAUUAGUAAUAGAACAAUGUGCAUACAAUUGUUAAUUGGUCUUUGCGCCGAAUGUGAAGCAGAUCUAGUCUUACUCGAUUUUACAAACAAUAAUGUGUUUGUAACGGUAACAGCAAAAGGUUCGAAAGCAAUCCAUAGCUUACCUAUGUGGCAAUCUGUCAAAAUUAAGCUGAAUUCUUCAGCAAUCGACUAUAAUGCUGACAGUAAAAUGAUAAUCCAGUUGAUUCCUAGAUUAAAUAAGCAUAGUUCGAAUCCGUUGUGGGCGAUAGCGAACGUUCGUCAAUGUCCCCAAGACGAAGCUUUGAGGGAGGGUUUUAUAAUUUCUCAGGAAGAUUGGAAGUAUCAGGUUAAUGACUAUUUUUGGCCGAAUGAGACAUGCCAAAAAUUAUUUUAUGAUGAACAUGCCACCGUGAAUCAUUUAUCGCGCGUCAAAUUUGAUGUAAAUCUGGAUGAUAUUGACACAUACUGUCCUGAAGGAAAGAUUGGACCACAAUGUUUAUAUUCUUGUACACAUCAUUUAAGUAGUAACUUUGACUGCAAAGGGGUUAAACUUUGUUAUGAAGAUGGUUGCACGUGUGCUCUUGCUUGUAAUAAACAUACAUAUGGUCAUGGCUGUAUGAAAACAUGUGGCUCAUGUCUUUACAAUGAAGAAUGUAAUAAAGCAAAUGGGGAGUGUAAUGAAGGUUGCAACAAUAACAAUGAAAAAGUUUACAUAUCACCUUUAUGUCAAACAAGCAUAGACAAGCCCGACGAACCUACAAUUAUUUCAAUAAGCGAGACGACUAUUCAUGCCAUUAUUCCUAUAAUAUGGAAAGACGAAUAUGAUAAAAUACCAAUUCUUUAUUCCUUUUAUAUUCGAACACAUCUCGAAAAUAUUGAGCAACCAUGGAAAAUAUUAUUUCAAAAUAUGACGCAACUUAUAGGAAGUUUUGAGGACCUGGAACCUGGUGUUACUUAUUACAUCAGUUUGUUCUUAGAUAUUGCUGGUAUAAAAAUGCAUAGUGGUUGGAAAGUAGUUGAGACUAAAUGCAAUCCGGUUGAAAACUUCAACAUAACGCCUAAAGAAAACAGCAUUACUAUCAAUUGGCUAAUCAAUCCAACGCAAUUAUAUUCAUGUCCGACAAAUUGGUAUUAUCUGACAGUUUCCAAAAUAGAUACAAGUACGAUAGUCAAAACUUUAGUACCUACAUCUUUUGAAUACGAAUUGGAAUACUUGCCGUCGUACACUUCUUUUGAAGUGAUCAUAUAUCACAAAAAUGAUAAAUUAUUUUCCCAGGAAAUUCGUACGCUUGAAGGCAUCCCAUCUAAAGUGUUAGAUCUUCAAAGUAUGUUAUCGGCUAAUACAGAACUUAUUCUGAUUUGGAGAGCUCCACUUGAACCGAACGGAAACAUAGAGAAAUAUGAAGUAUCCUUAAAGGUUGAAGAAUACUUUGGUUGUAAGAACUUAAAAAUAUCUGCUCCAAUUAAUCACACAAUUACAAAUUCUAUUACAAACGUACCAACGAUCACAAUUCAAGAUUUACAUCCGUACAGAUCUUAUAGUGCGCAGGUCAGAGCUUAUAAUUCACGACAUUUCAGCACGUACGCAAAGACAACCUUUAAGACAGCCCAAUCUGAGAUACCGUCAGAAGUAUUUAGUCAGUUGACAAUACAAGAUUGGAUACUGUCAUGGAGUGUGCCCGAAGAUUGUACGACGAUUUCAGGACCACUAAAAUCCAGAAUAAAAAUACAGGGCAUUAGUGAUGCUGUUAAAUACUUUAAUACAACCAAACAGACUAGCUUCUAUUAUAUCGAUUUGAAAGGAUUAGAUCAGAAAUUAAAUGGUCUUGAGCAAUAUAAGGCAACAGUGUACGUAAUAAGAGAGUUUGUGAGCAAAGAAAAUGCCUCUGCUUAUCAAACAUUCGAGUUCGAAACUCCACCAAUAGCUCCACCCAGAGUAACCAAUUUAGAGGUUGUCGAGUUUGAUAUUCAAAAGGAAAUUAUAUAUCUGAGAUGGCAAAGUCCGCUUCCACCUCUCAACGGAAAAUUACGUAAUUAUGGUGUCCAGUUAUGUGAUACAUAUUAUAAAAAACGUUGCUCAGAUAUUCAAGUUCAAUUCAAUGAGUUUUGUGACUUGUGGGAUGAUUAUAUUUGUAGAGCUAUUCACAAACCAUUGAUAUUUAAUCAAAUAAUUAAGGUUUUUGCGUACAAUAUAAACGUCACUGAACCAGGCCUUCCAGUUGUCGUGACUCGUGACAUGCUUCAUAAUACAACGCCGGAUGCACCUGGGAAUUAUACCUUUACAAUCAACAACAACAGCGUGAUUGAUCUAAAAUGGCUUCAUCCUUGGAGAACAGGUGCUCCUCUUAAGUCUUUUCGCAUUCGAAUAGUAGAAAUCUCCUCAAAUCUGAGAAGACGCCUUUCUCGAUCAUUAAUGGAUAAAAUACUUGAAUAUCCGGUGACACAAUACAUGCGAAACUACAACAAACAAUUAUAUUUGUUUCCGUCAACGCAAUACGUUAUCUAUAUUCAAGCUGUAACAAUUGAAAAUACGUCCAGCGACACAAAAUUCGUACAAGUUCGUACGCCUUCAACUGCAGCUUUUGAUAGCGUUCUAAAUGUAGCGAACAAAUUCGAUUCCACGAUUUUAUUAAAUAUACCGUUUGUUAUAAAUGACACUCAAGAUAGCAUGAUGUACAUUAUAGUAAAAGGUCAUAACCUUUGCGAGCAAUAUUUAAAUGUACCUGAGAAACUACGAGCGCGAGUAGGCAUAAAGAUGAACGAAAUCGCUUGGGUAGCUGCUGAAGCUUCUACCAGUGAGUUUGCUGGCAAACAAUUCAAGGUCGGUGAUAACUAUAUUUAUGGUAAUGCAAAAAAUUGUCCAUUAAAAUCUGAAAGAUAUUAUGAUAUAAUGAUUAUCGUAACUGAACGGAAUUUAUUCACCGAGUCCAUUAUGCUUACAAGAUCGGUUUUUAUUGGUGAAAUUUCAUCGCAGCAUCACGAAGCGUGGAUCGUACCUGUUAUAUUACUUCUUGUUGCGGCAAGCGUAGCUUUUUACUUUUACCGAAGGAAAAAACAGAAAUUGACUGAGCAGUUAAUGCAAGACGAGAUGAUUCUGUCGCAAAACAUUCAGAACUUUGGGCACGAAAUAAAGUCUGCGAUAUCGAAUUCGAAGCAAGAUCUGUCUAUUUCUUCUAAUAGACAAUCUCUAUCGCGGACAACCACGCCAGAAAUACCGAUUGCCACCGCAAACAACAACGAUGAGAAGGCGGAAAUGUCGUCAUCAGUGAAGGUGAAAAAUUUCGAAGAUUACGUCAAGCAGGCGAUACAAUUAGGAUUACUCGAUAAACAAUAUGAGACAUUUCCAAGAGGACAAACUAGAUCAUGGGAUUAUGGGAAAUUACCGCAGAACAAAUCUAAAAAUCGAUAUGGAAAUCUUAUUGCGUAUGACGAAACGCGUGUGAUAUUAAAGAAACUUCCGGAUGACGCUCACUCCGAUUACAUCAACGCUAAUUACAUCACCGGUUAUAAAAAGGAUAAGCACUAUAUAGCAACACAAGGACCCAAACCCAACACAGUCAUCGACUUCUGGCGCAUGAUUUGGCAGGAAAACGUUCUUAUUAUCUGCAUGUUGGCAAAUGUGAUCGAAAAUGGAAAAACAAAAUGUGAACAAUAUUGGCCGGAUAUUGGCAAGAAGAAGAAAUACGGCGACAUCAUUGUGCUAAAUGCGAAGCACAAUGUCUUUGCUGAUUAUUGCUUCAGAACUUUUACUGUCACUUGUGGAGAGGAAACUCGUAAAAUAGAACAUCUGCAUUAUACGGCUUGGCCAGAUCAUGGUGUGCCAUUGUACACGCACUCUGUAGUCACGUACUUGAAGAAACUAUUGGCAACACCACCUGGAAAUGGACCCGUGAUAGUCCAUUGUAGUGCUGGCGUUGGAAGAACCGGGACCAUCAUUUUGUGCGACAUUUGUCUUCGUCGAGCAGCAGCGGAAGGGCUGGUCGAUGUUUUUGCCGAAACGGCGUCCAUUAGAAGCGAAAGAGCUAACAUGGUGGAUAACAAACAGCAAUAUCUGUUAGCGCAUUUGGCAUUAGUGGAAUGUUUGCUUUCUAUUCCAACCACAUUACCGUGUAACGAGAUGUUACUGACACAAAUCAAAGCGUUAAAGAAACAAUUGCCGCUUCAACUGCAAAGAUUACAGAAUAUUGCAUGGCAAGAUGACGCUCUGCGACAAAUUACAUCCCCUCCGCAAUUGUUGGAGUGUAAUCGAGCUAAAAACAGAUUUCCAGAAUUGAUUUCAGAUAAGAUUAGUAGAAUAUAUUUGAAAAGAUACCCAGCAUCAGACGAAGACAGCGAUUAUUUAUCCGCUGUUUACGUAGACGGAGUAAAAGUUCAAAAUCAAUAUCUAGCCACGCAGCUUCCCAUGCCAUCAACAAUUAAUGAUUUUUGGCGAAUGAUUGCUGAGUUCAAAGUUGAACUUAUUCUGAUGUUGCAGCAGCCUGAUUUUCAGGAUUCUACUUGCUGCGCCAUUGCUUCUGCAAGCGGCGAGUUUAAACCAGUUCCAUAUUUGAAUAUCAUAAUGAAGGAAGUCGUAGAGUCUGAGUAUUAUACGUCACAAAAAUUGUUGCUCAUUGAUAAUUCCGAGAAACCCUCGAGAGAACAAUUUGUUACUAUACUGUGUUUAAUGGAAUGGAAACCUGGAAAGGAUCAACCACCACCGCCGGUUAUAACGAUGGUAACCCUUUGGCAAGCGGCGGAGAGAAUUGCGAGAAGCGAUGGGCCCACUGUCACUCUUUGCCACGACGGAGUAAAUGGAUGCGGUCUCUAUCUAGCAUUGAGUUUCUUGCUAGAACGUAUGGCCGUCGAAAGAGAAUGCGAUGUUUCUUUAGCAGUGCGAGCUGUUAGACGAUCAAGACCAGAUUUUGUUCAUUCCCUGGAACAGCUGGAGUACCUUUAUGAUGCGGCAGAGACAUAUUUGAAGUAUUUCGAAACCUAUGCGAAUUUUUCGUAA